AUGUGUAUCGACCUGAAGAUAUUUAUUCUCAAUAUAUAAUUCGGAUAGUAGGAAAAGAGUAUACAAUAAUUGAUCAUCCUACAGAAGUUUAUAGAAUAUCUGAUACUCAUGAAUGUAUUGAUGGUAACCAGCCUCUUCAUUUGAUUAUUGAUAUUGAUGCAAGGCAAAAGCCUGAUCUUACAAAUCCUAAAGUGCCUUCUUUAGAUGAUAAAAAAAUUACACAAGAAGAUUUGUUAUCUCGAAUUUUAGUUGCUUGUGCAGAUGCAUUAAGCCUUAUUUCUGAUU